CAGUAAGUUCAAUCAGCGGAAGGUAAAACGGCGUUUAAAACACAAAUACACAGAAAUAAAAUAAAAUACAAGCGGUUGUGAGUGUCAUCAACCUAAAAGGAUGGGCUCAAGAGCGAUCGUUUUCAGUUUCCUGCUUUUGUUCUUUUUACAAGUCAAUGGACAAAUCUUAGAUUUUGCCGCUGCUGGUGAUCCAUUUGGUGGAUCAUUUUGGCCUUUUGGUUCUCAUUUUAAUUUUUUCCGCCCGGCUCCUCAACCAUGGUGGAAAGGUCCAAAUGUUUGCAUCGAACGUCGCCAAAUUGGUAAAGAUACUGAAAAUGAAACAAGAAGCACUGAAAAUGUUGAUCCGGAUGCGAUAGCGAAUCAUUUUGAAGCUGCUCUAACAUUUUCGAGUUGUAUAGAAACUCCAGAUAAAUAUGAAUGCACCACAAAAACGAACGUUCAUGGUGAUGAAAAAACCCAUAAUGUAAGAUACAAAUGUUGUCACGGUUAUGUUAAAUCACGAAGACAACAAAUUUGUAUUCUUCAAGAAGAAAUGAAACCUUUAAUGGAAGUUUUUGAUAAAUACAACGGAUCAAAUUUUAAAAACUUGGUGAAAGAUGUUAAUUUCGACGAAAAAUUCGCAAAAACCAAUUACACCGUGUUUUUACCUCAAGAUUCUUCUCUAGACAAAUACGUUGAACAAUUAUCUGAUAUGAACCAAAUUGAAGUAACCAAACGAGAAUCAUCAAAUUCGGCUAACGAGAUGAUUUUAAACCACAUAAUUCCGGGAAUUAUCGACUUAAACGAUUACUCAAACGAAGAUAUUUUAUACACUGAAAACAACAACAGCACAAUUAGAUUAAAUUUUUAUCCAACUCCUAAUGGUGGAAAAUUAGUAACGGCAAAUUGCGUUAGAAUUCCAAAAGCAAACAUUUUCGCUUCAAAUGGAAUGGUUCAUUUGGUCGAUACGGCUAUAGAAAGUCCAAAAUCGACCAUACAAGAAAUAAUCGAUCAAAAUCCUAAAUUUAGCACUUUUAAAUCGGCUUUAGAAGCUUCCGACCUCCAAGGAAUCCUCAAAGAACCCGGCCAACACACCGUUUAUUUACCCACAAAUGAAGCUUUUGAUGCUUUAGAUGAAACAACGAAAGAAAAAAUAUUAACAGGAAAAGGAUGUGCUGCAACAAUCUUAAAACAUCAUUUAACAACACACACCGUUUGUACCGCCGCUGUAAUUCAAAACGCAACUGUUCAUGAUAUGGAUAUUGAUAUAAUCAAUAUGGAGCGUAAAAACGAUGAAGUUUUCAUCGAUGGAAAAGCUAAAAUUAUCGAGGGUGACAUUUUAGCAACAGACGGGGUUAUUCAUUCUUUAGAUAAAUUAAUUAUUCCAAACACGGCAUUAGAAAUCAACGACGUUUUAUCAAAUAAAAAUUUGAGUAAAUUCCAAGAAAUCGUUUCUAAAGCCGGUUUAACCGAAACUCUUCAAAACUUAAAAGAUGCCACUUUCUUCGUUCCUUUCGAUGAAGCUUUCGCUGAACCCGAAGCGCAAAAUUAUUUAGAAAAGAUCCAAGAUGACCCAGAAAAAUUAAAAGAAUUAGUUUUAUACCACAUCGUUAAAGGAGAAAUGCAAGUCGAUGAUAUGGUUGAAACAAGUUUAGUACCAACCAACGUCGAAGGAAAACAACUUCGCGUUAAAGUUUUUCCAUUCUUCAGUAACAUUUUCUUAAAAACCCUUUCACCGCCACCGAUGGUUCAAUGCGCGACUUUAACACGCGUUGAAGAAAAAGCUUGCGGAGCCGUUGUUCAUGAAAUCGAUAAAGUUUUGGUUCCACCAACUCAAAAUUUAUUGGAAAUUUUGGAUAACGAUCCCAGAUUGAGUACUUUUAGAUCAUUAUUAACCGGAACUAAAUUGGAAGAGAAAUUACAAGAUGCAAAUGAAACUUUAACAGUUUUAGCUGUUACUAAUUAUGCUUUUGGAAAAUAUAAAUAUGAUCUUGAAGCUUUAAGAGAAAAUAAAACUUUGGCUGAUAAUGUUUUGAAGAGACAUGUUAUUAAACGUCCUGUUUGUUGUCAAGAAUUAAGUUAUGGAGAUCAAAUUUUCAAUAGAUGGUCAACUUUCGGCGAUCCAUUCCAAACUGGAAACUCCCAAGUUAUUAAAGAUUGUGAUAAAAUAGCUACGAAUGGUAUUUUGCAUACUGUAUCAGCUUUUAUGUAUCGUCAUCAGUAAAUUUUUUUUAACAAAAAUUUCUGGAUAAACGAUUAGGAUAAAUUUAUUUGCAUUUUGAGUUGAUUUGAUUUAUUGACUGACGACUUACACUAUUUUUAAAAAUAAUUGUAGGUUUUGUAGAUUUCUUAGUUUUUGAUUGAUAACAUAAUUUAUUAUUGUAUGAUUAGGUGAAUAAAAUGAAACGAAAUAAACGCUAAUUAACACUUA